GCGGGCGUUCCCGGCGCAGGCCCAUCCCCGGCUGGCCGAGGCUCCAAAUGGCUCUCCCGACAGGCGGGCUCCUGCAGUAGCCCCUUAGCUGGCUCAGGGAGCGCACUUCCUUCUCAGCCAGCGGGUGACCCCUCCACCGGAGCCGAGCAGGAGCCUACCCAGUGAAUCUGGAGAAGACAAACUUGGGAGACAGACGAAGGCUUAGGGCACGGUGGAGGACAGCGCAGCUGUGGCUCCCAUUUUUGGAGAUGCAGCCGAAUUUGAGCUCACAGGGAGGUGUGGUUGCCUCCUGGGGAUGGAAAGGCUUCCUUUUUCCACCUCUGUAACUGGUGCUUCUGAGAAGUGAAACGAUAUUUGGAUCCUGACCUCAGACGCGAAUUUGGGUCUUUUGUGCUUAGGAGCAGAAAAGUGCCCAGGAGGGUCCUGUACCUUUACUUCUUGAGGAAAAGGCAGUGAGCUGCCUGAGUUCUCAUGACGGGAAAGCCUAUUCCACCUUCUCUGUACUCCUGGAGGGGAGUCUUGUUCACAUGUUUACCAGCGACUAGGACAAGGAAGAGAAAAGGUUACGUCAUGACUUCUGCAGGGCUGUCCUUGGUUCGUACUGCAGGGCGGCUGUAUGGUUGGGAUUCCUUUUCUGUUUCAAGAUGGAGCUGGGUUACUUACACCUUUGGAGCUUUGAGAGGCUUUAGCAGUUGCUGUCCUGUAUACCUCCAUUCACAAGAACUCCUGUUCACAUUUCGCUUUUCACGCUUGGAGGAAGAGUUAAAAUGUGCUUUCUACUACAGUGUUUGGAAAAUGAUAAAGAUGUAUUGUAAUGUGAGCCUGAACUGUUGAUGAUAAAUGUAUAACUAUUGCUAGGUCAAGAAAUUGAAAAAUAAUGUUUUGCUUGGUCUGUAGCUGUGUUGUGUUAAAUACAAACCGAGUUUACUGCCCUUGGACGUGAUUCUCUGGUUUGGUUUAGUAAUUUGAAAGGCAUUGGUUGCCUAGACUGUUUUGUGCCCAAGGAACCACUUUCUAAUUGUUAUGCUGCUUAAUUCAGUAAGCAGCAUAAACUGGACCAUGCAGUAGGCAUACAGCAGCAUACAGCCAGGAUGUUUUGGCAAUGCUGAGCCCACUGUUUUACAAGUGACAUAAAAUGGAUGGAUCAUCGUAUGUACAAAGAAUCCACUCAGGGAAACUGGAUUACAGGAGAGUUCCUUUAUAGUCCUUUUGUCAGGGGACAGAACACCUGGGUCACACAGGGCUUCAGAUGAGAGUUGAUUCAUGUUCUGAGUCUAUAUGAUGAGACACAUUAUGAUGGAAUUGUCACUUUUGUGGCCUCUUGAACUUUAAAAUAUACCUUUAGUGAUGUGGAAUUAAUCUUUAUUUUUUCCUUCACCCUCAGCCUUCAUUUAAGGUAUCAGUUGGUAACCACCUGAGUAAUCUAGAACCAAAGAUGCAUUUAUUUGGUCAUAUUGGUAACUAACAUUGUUUCUUAAAAGUUUCUUGCAACAGAAUAAUGACUAUAAUUGAGAUAAAACAUUAAUUUUAAGACUUUAACUUUGUAAGAAUAUGGCUUAGUAUAGUUACUAGGAGUGUACUCCUAGGACAUCUACCGAUCUUUUUUUUCACCCCCAAGACAAAUAGUGACCUCCCAUAUCCCAGCCCAGGGAGUUUUUUGGGAAAAGUUGCUUGUUUUAUCUUUGACUCAGCCUGACUAGUUACAUUGUUGAUCAUUUCUUCCAAAUGACAUUUAUCUGUCAAAUAAUGUUGAUUAGUUUGCUGAUGAAUGUUUCAGCAAUGCUGGAGAACCCUAGGCUACACCUGUUGACUCCAUCCCCCACCCCCAGUGUGGUGUGUCUCUUUGCCGUGCUGUCUGCAUUCUUCCCCUGUUCACUGUUUCUUCCUGACUCUCCUUCUUUGUUCAUUAUGUCUGAUUUAUAUUAUGGAUUGGAAAUAGAACAGAAAGAUAUGCUUUCUCUGUGAGACCAAAAAGUUUUAUUUGAGAUGGCUCUCCAUUUCUCCCAUGUCUUCCCUCACUUUUGCUGUUUUUUAAUUUAUUUUUAUAUUUUUGCUACCUUCACUAGAGAGUACAUCCCUUAUUCUUGAGGUGGGCACUGAUCAGUAGGAAAUAAGAUCAGUACCUGGCUGAUGAUAAUUUGGGGAAAAGAUUGUUAGAUAAAGGGGAUGGCAGCAGAUCUUUCCCCUUGUGACCCCUCUCCUCAUUCCCACAUUACACCUCUAGAGUAGAUAACAGCUCACCAUUAAGAAGAGUUAAUGAAAGGCAUUUGAACUACACUCAUCCCAUAGUAUCCUCAGAAGAUUAGUUCCAGGACCCCCUUCCCCAUACCAAAACCUGAGGAUAUUCAAGUCCCUGAUAGAACAUGGUGUCAUAUUUGUAUAUAACCUGUGCAUAUUCUCCUGUAUAAUUUAUCUCUGGAUUACUUAAUACAAUGUGAAUAAUAUGUAAAUAGCUGUUAUAUAUGUUGUAUUUUAAAAAUUUUGUAUUAUUUUAAAAUUUUUCUGAAUAUUUUCAAUCCAUGGCUGGUGAAGUCCUUAGAUGCAGAUUCUGCGGAUACAGAGUGCCGAUUUUACACAGGACCUUACCUGUAACUCCCUGUGCCUCUUAGCAGCUGACUCAGAAUUGGAAAGAAAUGGAGUAAGGGAAUCUCAGAGAAGGAGAGAGUCCUAUCAAAAUGGAUUUGAUUAAACUUUAGUUCCUUGUAUAGUUUCUCUAGUUGUUUAUGGUCCAUUUUUUAUUUAAGAUGAUUUUUACUUUUUUUUCUUAAAGGGAGUUCCAAAUGUGUUCUGGAACAUUUUGAAAAUAGAGCUUAUCCACUGUGCAGAUCCUAAUAAUCAAAGUGCACGUUCAGUAAAUGAGCCGUCAGACUGCUACAGCAUUACCUACCGGUACCUCGAAGUGUCCACCAUCCCAGAGGGUGCCUGCCCUGACUGGCACGACUGCAUCCAACAAUGACUUGGCGAGUCUUUUUGAGUGUCCAGUCUGCUUUGACUAUGUGUUACCACCCAUUCUUCAAUGUCAGAGUGGCCAUCUUGUUUGUAGCAACUGUCGCCCAAAGCUCACAUGUUGUCCAACUUGCCGGGGCCCGUUGGGAUCCAUUCGCAACUUGGCUAUGGAGAAAGUGGCUAAUUCAGUACUUUUCCCCUGUAAAUAUGCCUCUUCUGGAUGUGAAAUAACUCUGCCGCACACAGAAAAAGCAGACCACGAAGAGCUCUGUGAGUUUAGGCCUUAUUCCUGUCCGUGCCCUGGUGCUUCCUGUAAAUGGCAAGGCUCUCUGGAUGCUGUAAUGCCCCAUCUGAUGCAUCAGCAUAAGUCCAUUACAACCCUACAGGGAGAGGAUAUAGUUUUCCUUGCUACAGACAUUAAUCUUCCUGGUGCUGUUGACUGGGUGAUGAUGCAGUCCUGUUUUGGCUUUCACUUCAUGUUAGUCUUGGAGAAACAGGAAAAAUACGAUGGUCACCAGCAGUUCUUUGCAAUCGUACAGCUGAUAGGAACACGCAAGCAAGCUGAAAAUUUUGCUUACCGACUUGAGCUAAAUGGUCAUAGGCGACGAUUGACUUGGGAAGCAACUCCUCGAUCUAUUCAUGAAGGAAUUGCAACAGCCAUUAUGAAUAGUGACUGUCUAGUCUUUGACACCAGCAUUGCACAGCUUUUUGCAGAAAAUGGCAAUUUAGGCAUCAAUGUAACUAUUUCCAUGUGUUGAAAUGGCAAUCAAACAUUUUGUGGCCAGUGUUUAAAACUUCAGUUUCACAGAAAAUAAGGCACCCAUCUGCCUGCCAAUCUAAAACUCUUUUGGUAGGUGAAAGCUAGACACAUGAAGGUAAAUAAAAAGAAAGGCUGUUAAAUACAGGAAACAGUUGCAUGUAGUAACACUAAUAUAUUUAAAAAUAAGUCAACAGUAAACCACUGAAAAAAUGUAUGUAUAUACACCCAAGAUGGGCAUCUUUUGUAUUAAAAAAGAAGAAAGCAUUGUAAAAUAAUUCUGAGUUUUGUGUUUGUUGUAGAUUGUAUUGUUGAAAAAUAAUGGGCUUUUUUGUUAUGUUUCUGCGUGUGUGAGUGCGUGCGUGCGUGGGUGUGUGCGUGUUUGGGUUUUUUUCCUUUAACUGACAAGCCAUCUUGAGUGGUCAUGGGCCACUGCUUUUCCCCUUUGUGAGUCAAUACAUAGUGCUGCUGUGUGCUUUUUUGUGUGUGUAUUUGCUAAUUUUUAUUAAUUCUAGUUUUUCAUUAAAUAAAUUUGACUUUCUUUUCUGUAAUUCAGGUUUUUCCUCACUUUUUUUUGUACCAUUUUAAAGUUAUUGUCUUUUGAUAUGCAUAAUUGUUUAUGGUAAAAUUUAUAACAUGCAUUCAAUACAUACUUUCUUUUCCCCAUUAAUCAGUUCAUUAGAAAUAUUUUAAAAUCGGCUAUUUUAUGAAACUAUGAGUUCCAGAAAGUAAAGGUGACAUCGGGAAAAUUAUCAAAAGCUAUUUAAAGCAUAUAUAAGAUGGUCUCUCUUUUUGUCUUCUACAGAUGAGUCACACCUUUGAGUUUAAUCUUUGAAAGGUUAGAGAAUCAAUUCUUAUAAUGAAAAUCGGGCUUUUGUUUCCUUUUUCAAAUAUCUUAGACAAAUCAUCUGUUUAAAAUUUGUUCUUGUAUUUAUUGGUUUUGCAGAAGAAGGCAUCGUCAUGCACAGUAUUUGUAAUUAAAAGCAAAUCAUUUGUUUAAAAAGGCAGUUUGCAAAAAAAAAAAAUGUUUUUGGUCUUUUAUAAUUCUCAUUAAAAGAAUAUCUGGCAAAUUAAAAAAA